UAAAGCUCCGGCCCUAAAAGCAGCAUGUGUCACCACGGCUCGCCUCUCCAAAUAUCACAGCUGUAGGAAUUACAUAUUCUCAGUAGACGCAGAGGAGAAGACGGGACGCCGCCGUGCGCAACAUCACCCAACAACUUUCCAGGCAAGACGCGCGGCUUCACACACGGGCCUGCCUCACUCACCGAGUGGGGGAAUAUUUGCAGAAGUUAAAGCCGCUCUUUGGCUUGACUGGCUGCUGCCUCAACCGCAUUUAGAUUUUGGGAGACAUCUGAUCUCUUGACAGGAGCGACGAGAAGUCCGGCAGCAGUUACGGCUCUCUGUGCGCUCUGCUCUCGCCUGAAGACGCAUCACACCCGGCUGCUGCUCCGUUGUUUUUGGCUCAAGAAGACUUGUUUCUUAUUUUAAUAUUUUAAAAGAAGAAACAAAAAACAAUAAUAAUAAAUAAGUGUGAGUAAGCCGUGAGAUGACCCUGUCUGGAGGCAGCGAAAGAGCCAGCGACAUGUCCGGUCAAACUGUGCUCACAGCGGAGGACGUGGACAUCGACGUGGUGGGCGAGGGAGACGAGGAGGGCAUGGAGAGGGUGGACAGCGACUGCGACAGCCCGGGCACAGGCAUCCUGCACGACCUGCGGGGAGAAGUAGGGGAUGAUGAUGUGGAGGAUGAGAUCGAGGUGGAGAAGGAGGAGGACGAGAUGAGGUCCGGCGGAGGGAGCCCGUGCUGCGAGAGCUCCGGGGAAGGAGAGGCUGGCACCGGGAAGGGAGAGGGUCACGACGGGAGCGCAGCGUCGGGAGGAGCGAUGAAGUCCAAGAGCAGCCUGGUGAAGCCGCCUUACUCCUACAUCGCCCUCAUCACCAUGGCCAUCCUCCAGAGCCCGCAGAAGAAACUCACCCUCAGCGGCAUCUGCGAGUUCAUCAGCAACCGCUUCCAGUAUUACCGGGAGAAGUUCCCGGCGUGGCAAAACUCCAUCCGCCACAAUUUGUCUCUGAACGACUGCUUCGUGAAAAUCCCGCGGGAGCCCGGUAACCCAGGCAAGGGCAACUACUGGACCCUGGACCCCGCGUCAGAGGACAUGUUCGACAACGGCAGCUUCCUCAGGAGGAGGAAACGGUUCAAGAGGGUUCAGCCGGACAUGCUCAGGGACCAGACUGCGCUCAUGAUGCAGAGUUUCGGCGCGUACAGCCUCGGGGGCCCCUACGGGAGACACUACGGGAUCCACCCGGCUGCCUAUUCUCAUCCUGCCGCUUUGCAGUAUCCCUACAUCCCACCCGUGGGCCACAUGCUGCCGCCCGGCGUCCCGCUCCUGCCCUCGGCGGAGCUGAACAGAAAAGCUUUCAACACCCAGCUCAGCCCGAGUCUGCAACUCCAGCUCAACAGUCUGAGCACGGCAUCCAUGAUCAAAUCAGAGCCGUCAAACAGACCGUCCUUCAGCAUAGAGAACAUCAUCGGGGUCUCCAGCGCCUCCUCGUCCUCACCUCAGGCGUUCCUGCGGCCUCCGGUGACUGUUCAGUCGGCCCUGCUGAGCGCACAGUCCCUGUCUCUGACCCGGACCUCAGCCGCUAUCGCUCCCAUCCUCAGUGUGCCGUCAAAUCUCAUUUCUGGACACGUUUUACCGUCAGCGACGGCGGCGGCAGUGUCCAAGUGGUCGUCACAAUGACUUUUACAGAAGAAAUAAC